GGUUGACCAGAGCUACUCGGGAGACAGCACACGAACUUCUACAGUAGAGUUGUGCUCAUUUAAGAAGGAAAACUGAUUCGAAACAGAUCUGUAAUAGGGGCAGGAAAACUUAAAAUAAGAAAGAAAAACAAAAAAAAACAGACAGAACUUCCAAACUUUAUCAGAUAAAGAUUAAACUAACCUGGGAGGUAAGCACCUGCCCAAACCUUUGUACAUCCCAAACAUGGAUCGAGACAGUCACAGUGAGGAUACACUCUCCACUUUGGUUCUGGAGAACAUAAAAAACAAACUGAUUAAUGCCUUCAGAGGAACAGCAGAGUCCAGAGCAGAUCCUAAAGACCUGGAGACCCAAGGCUGCAGCGUCAGACCCCUCAGUGUGAGCAGGAGCUACCAGGCAAACGAAGAGCUGCGGCGGGCACAGAUAGAUGGAGCGAUAACCUGGCUGCGGUCUGAACUGCUGGAAAUGCGCACUCAGGACCUCCAGCUGGCUCAAACACUGCUGGGGCUCAACACAGAGAUCCAAAGACUGAGGAGGGAGAGUUUUGGUGGGCUGGAGGUAGAAGGGAAAGAUCAGCAGUAAUUAGCCCCAGCAGACUACAUCUGCCCUAGGGAGAAUUUGAGAGCAACAAAGGAAAAAAAGUGUGGUGUCAUUGGAAUCCAUGUUGGACAAGGAAAUGACUCUAAUCAUCAAGAUUGAGGACAUUUGUUCUUGAUAAUGGUUCUUAGCAAUCAGUCGUGUCACUGUUAUAACAAUCUAGACCAGCUGCAUGUAAAAUAAUUGAGGUAGGGGAAAAGGAAGCUUAUGUGUGAUAUUGCCUUAUGUUUUCAAAGUUGUUUUGCACUUAUACAGACUUGUGCUGGAGAAAACUGUAUUACUUCUUUGUUGGGUCAAGAAAAAAGCUUAAUGAAUGUAAAGACAAGAUGAUAAUGAAUAAAAUAUAGAAAUUGA